CCGAAUGCGGACAGCUUACUACAAGACGAUAUUUUCAGAGGCUAUAUAUCACCACCUCACCUAGGCUUAUCAGCCGUGGUCUUGGGAAACACUGGGACUUCCCGUCCAACAAAUGGGAUGCAUAUGCAUCUGGGGUAGCGCACGCCCCGGAGACAGACGACAUCGCUUUGGCAAUAGGCAGCAAUACAACAAGGCCAAAUGCGGAGCGGGAAAUGCUUUUCCUCUUCCAGAUCGCCGCAAGCUUCCAGUUUCUGGGAGGCGCCAGGACUUCCUGGACGUCUAUCAUAAAACUCAAGUUGUGGUCCUAUCCAGUGACGCUGGGUCUGGAAGGACGGCCUGCCUAGAUUCCAGAAGAGUUGCGACCAGCUGCUGCUUGGUACUAGAACUACCUGACGCAUUCUGCGCAACGCCAAGGCGUUUCUCCCUUCCACCUCCAACAGCCAACGAAGACCGACAGAGGAUAUAUCGCCCUCCUCUGACUAUAUCUUCACUCUUUUCCAUCUUUCGCUUUCAAACAAUUGGAAUUUCUAGCAUUCGACCUUUCGACUAUCCGCGAAAUGUCUCCCAUGUUCGUCUCCGAGGAGUUACAGAACGGCGAAACCAACCAUUUGUCAAUACAGGUGCAGCAUCCUGAUACAAGCCAAGCCUUUUGCCCUCAACGGAGACAGAAGCAAGCCCGCCGUCGCCACUAUGGCCUUUGCACUCACCCAUGCGGUACAAGUUUUGCCUCUGGCAUCCGUGUCCUGACG